AUGGGCAACUAUGCAUCCUCUUGCACUUACAACUUAACCAUGAAGAUGACCAAAUCAUCAAAGUCAGCUGCUGCUGCUAGAGUGAUCUUCCCCGGCGGCGAAAUCGAGCAAUACAGGGAACCCAUAAAUGCCGCCGAGCUCAUGCUUGACUUUCCCAAUUUCUUCUUGGUCAACCUUCGUUCCAUUAACAUUGGCAAGAGAUUCCAACCUCUAACCGCCGACCAAUACUUGGAACCCCCAAACAUUUAUGUCUUUUUCCCUAUGAAGAGGGUUCACUCCCUAGUUACUGCCGCCGAUGUUGCAAUCCGUUUUAUGUCCUCUUCGUCUAGGCUUAAGAAUAAUACGACCAAAGUGUCGCCAGAAAUCGAAUGCGCGGUCCAAGAACCAAGAUUGAGUUUAGACGGGAUUGAGAGAUCUCAUCAUGGUGCGGGAAUAUUCAUCUGUAGAUCAAAAAAGCCUACGUUGGAUACAAUUAUUGAAUAG